AUGUCUCGUGAAAACCCAAUGCCAUGGAUAUUCCUUGUGACAUAUUCAAAGGAUACAGGCGGGGGUCCUUCAUUUACCAUUGAAGGUGCAUACAAUUCCCUGGAGAAGGCCAACGCAGCCGCCAUGGACUUUUUCCGUCGCCGUCAUCGCGACCUAUUCGAGGUGACAGAUGAUAUGUCGAACUGGUUCGAUGAGAACAAAUAUGGCUGGGACGACGAUGAAGAAAUGUCUGUUGGGUGGCAGGUUACUGCUCACGGCGAGCUACUGUUGAGAGCGAUUGGCAGCGACGAGUACGAUGAGAAGUUUGAUGUGGAGGUGGUGGCUAAGAGGGUUAACUGA